CAUAAUCCAGGUAGAAUAAAGCGGAGAGUGUAAAGACAAUAGGUAAUUUACGAAGAAAGAGUAAUUUAAGAAUGGGAAUGUAUACGUAGGAGUGUUGACUGCAAAGAAGAGAGAAUAUUGCGUUCAUGGUAAGAGGGUCACCCGGUAACCUAAAUGAGGUUCUUUGCCCGUAUAGUAGUCUCCUAUCCCUCGAACUUGUAUCCUCAUCCAACGACGCACUCCCCCCAUCGGUUAUCCGCCAAUCCAGCCUCAACAUUUCGUUUGGACAAACGAUUUUGUCUCUGGUGAACGUUCAGGAGUGGCGCCGAUACUCUUCGAUUGUGGUAUCUUUUCUCCCGGGAACGUUUGGACUGGACGAUCGAGCAGUCGCAUAAGAACAUCCAGCCACGAGAAUAAUGGCAGUAAAGUUGUUACUCAUCCUUUUGCUUGCAGUUGUUGCUGUCUCGUCUGCUGGAAUACUCGAAACUUUAUUAUCAUGGGAUCUUCAUGAUACAGAAGCCAGAUCAUCAGUUUCUCAAUCCAAAUGCCUCUGCCAAACGUCUGGAUGUUUAUGUUGCGUUGAUUUAAAUUUAACAUCGACCAUUGAUCUUGGAGGGCCAGCAUGCGUUAACAUUAAACAAAAGGAAGAAAAUAUUUCGUUAAAUCUCAAUUAUGGUGAUAAUCCAGUGCACAAUGCUACAAUUAAAAUUGCUGAUGCAGCUAACAAACCAACUUGUAUGAAUUUACUUGCUGAUUUGGCUCAAUUAUGUGCCAAAUUUACAUCGAUUAAAAACCAAGAACAAUCUGGUUAUGAUGGAUGUUUAGUGAUUGAACCUGCUUUAAUGCGUACACCACAAGCUACCUAUGCUAUUGGAUGUUUUAACUUUCAUCAGGGUAUAGUUAGACAAAUUCAAGGAUUCCCAGUGGAAAGCUCAACUGAAAAUAAUGACAGUACUCAAGAAGAAGACGAAGAGGAUGAAGAAGAUGAUGAUAUGGGUAUCAAUCCAGGCGAAUUACUAGCAGUAUUUUCUGCAAGUGCUAAACAAGGCAUUGCGCUUUUCUCCAAAUGGCUCGACCUCAAUCUCAAUCCGAAAAUGAAUGUUUCCAACAGUAAUAAGGACACCGUUCCGGUAGCUGCUACACGUCAAGAAUCCACCAAUUCUUCGUCAUUUAGACAUGCCCGCAAUAUGAAUGAAAAACAGACUAUGUCAGAGGAAAAUAAUGACGAAAGAUUCAAACAAAUUUUAAGUGCUCAAGAUAAUAUUUUGAAAACAUCUGAAAGAAUUGGCCACUCAUAUAAAGCUCGAACUGAUUACGUUUAUGUCCAACAACCAAUAGACCAUGUUAUUAACCAAAAAAUUAUCAAUAACAACAGUAAUAAUCUUCCCAUUGUUCCGAAAGAAUCACGUAGAGGAGGUAGGGCAUAUAAUAUUCAUCAACAUAUAAAUGAAGUAUGAUUUUUAAGAGAACCAUAAUUAUGUAAAAUUUGAUAUUGUGAAAGAAAAAAAUACACAUUGGAAUAAAGAUAAAUGAGGUCAAA